GUUGUAGCUGAAGGUUAUAUCUCACUUUCAUUAAAAAAUUUAUAUAGUAAGUCUGGAAAGAAAGAAAAGAGAAUAGAAGAGAGAAGUGAGAGUAGUGAGUGAGUACAUGCACCCCACUAUAUCACGCGCACGCUGCCCCACACAAACAACAAAACCCUAACUCCCAACACCAACACCAUUAAUAUAUUUUUACACAACACCACUACCACUGCAACCUCACACAGCUCUUGAGAAAAAAGAGAAAGAGAGAAAAAAAAAAUACUAAAACUAUAUACAAAAAGCAAAGAAAGAACCAAUCCACACCAUCAUAUAUUUACAUAUUUCCCCAAACCACCUUUCCUUUUUUCCCAACACACCCCUUCUUCCUUAUUAGUUUCUUCUUCUCUGUUUCUCCAAUUAAAUAUAUAUGUAUAUACAGAUAUUCAUAUUCUUCUCCUCUUAAUUUCUUAAUUUGGAACCAUUUUACAUAUAUAUAUAUCAUCUUUUUUGUGUAACUCUUUACUUGAUCACUACUACUACUAGAUACUGUCUCAUCAAGUACACAUAUAUAUAUAUAGAUCAUACUAGGUUAAAUUAAUUAAGCAAAAAAUAAAAGUCAUAUAUAUAUAUAUAUUUCUUUUUCCUCUUUCUCUUUAAUUCAAUAUCAUCUUUCUAUUUGUGUUUAUUUUUUUGUUAAAUUAAUUAUGGCGAAUAAUCGUUGGUGGGGUGGACAAAUGGGUUUACAGGGAGUAGUUGAAACCUCAACAAGCUCAUCCCCAAUGAAGAAACCAGAUCUGGGUAUCUCAAUGAGCAACACCGCAGGCGGCGGAAACCACGACGAAGACGACGAAAGAGAGAACAGCGACGAACCAAGAGAAGGAGCAAUCGAAGUGGGUAACCGAAGGCCCAGGGGCCGACCGCCCGGAUCCAAAAACAAGCCAAAACCACCCAUAUUCGUAACAAGAGACAGCCCAAACGCCCUCCGAAGCCACGUCAUGGAAAUAGCCAGCGGCGCCGACAUAGCCGAGAGCGUGGCUCACUUCGCUCGCCGCCGCCAAAGAGGGGUUUGUGUUCUGAGCGGAAGCGGAACCGUCAACAACGUCACGCUCCGUCAACCUUCAGCCGCUACCUCCGUUAUGGCUCUACAAGGUCGUUUCGAGAUUCUCUCUCUGACAGGGGCUUUUCUGCCCGGACCUGCACCUCCCGGUUCGACCGGGCUGACUAUAUACCUGGCCGGCGGGCAGGGGCAGGUGGUUGGGGGUAGCGUUGUGGGCCCACUCAUGGCUGCUGGCCCAGUAAUGGUGAUUGCUGCCACGUUUUCCAACGCUACUUAUGAAAGAUUGCCUCUGGAGGAACAAGAAGAGGAAGCCGCAGGAGGAGGCGGUGUUGGGUCUCCACCGGGGAUUGGUGGGGCCCCACAGCAAGGCGGUGGCGCUGGUAUGCAAGGCGCCGACCCAUCCGUGGCUUAUAAUUUGGCGCCGCUUAAUUUGCUUGCGAAUGGUGGACAGUUGAAUAAUCACGAACAAGCUUUUCCUUGGGCUCACGGUGGCCGUGCUCCUUAUUAAAUAUUAGAUGAUUGAAAAUAUUACAACUUAUUAUUAUUAUUAUGAGGGAAUUUUAGUUUUAGAGACGAGGAGAUGAGGAUCAUGAUCAAGAGGAGGACCAUAUAUUAUUAUAAGGUGCAUUAUUAUUUUUAUUAUUAAUAAUUUGUUUAGUUUAUUUCUGUGUUUGAAGUUAAUUUAUUAUCUUAUGAUGAUCAUAUAUUGAGU